GAAAAUCAAAUUAACAGUCAUCUUCAUCUUGCAGUUAUGCAGGCGGGGUUUGCUUUCCUCGAGGCCGGCUCAGUGAGGUCGAAAAAUACGACCAACAUCCUCAUCAAGAACGUCUUGGAUGUCUGUAAGUAAUUUAUUUGUCAGUAGCGAUUUUUGAACAGAAAAAAAAAAGCUACCUUUUUAAAAAAAAGUCAUAUUAGAUUUAAAAAGUCUCAUAUGCUACCACGGUCACUACAAGAGUAACUGAAUAAGCCAUUCCAGAGUUGCCCAUGCAACCCUUUUGUUUCAAAACGAGGCUAAGUGCAAAGCCUUUGAUAUGAAAAUUACCGGUAUGUCUAUUUUUUCCUAGCCAAUAAAACCCCUUUUCAUAAGAAACGUUUUGCACUUGGCCUCGCUUUGAAAGUGAGAUUUCUGGAAAUCGGAAGUUGCCUAUUCAGGUCAAUGCAACGGGGAUUAUUAUUAUUAUUAUUAUUUUUAUUUUUAUACGGCCCUAUGAUAAAUUCAUUCAGAUGAGUGUCAAGGAAAACGUUCCUAAAUGACCGUGAUGAACGUUUCUUAAACAAGUUCUUUUUCAUUUUUACAGUCUUGGGUGCCAUCGCUUACUGGCUGUUCGGCUACGCGUUUGCCUUUGGAGCAGAUGGCAAUGGUUUCAUCGGUCACGAAUAUUUUGCUCUGUCUUACCUGCCUUCUGGGACGUUCUCUCAUUGGUUUUUCCAUUUUGUGUUUGCGGCUACAGCGGCAACUAUUGUCAGCGGUGCUAUGGCUGAGAGAACUGAGUUCAAGGCUUACCUCGUGUACUCUGUAUUUCUGACUGGUCAGUUACAGUCAUGUUACUACACGUACGAACCAAUACAUAGCUUAAAGAUAAACGUGCACUGGUCGGUGUAUUACGAAGAGCAUAACAAGGGGAAAACAUUAGUGUUAGUCGCGUAGGGAUGUCCAGAAACGCUCCAGGCCAAAUUGUAAGAAAAGUGAAGAAUGUGAUUGUUAGGAAGGGGUUUGAAGUCAAGACCGUUGAAUGCAAAUGAAGACAAAUUAAAGACCCAUUCACAGGGUUAGUCUCCAACUAAGCAGAGAACAUGAUCAUCCAUUUUCAGCUUUGAGAAAACCCGGCUUUACAAUAGCGUGUUUCCCUGCUAGCAGAGGUCUCUCUCUCCUUUCUCUCAUUUUUGCCUCGUCGUGAGAGACCUCUGCUAGCAAGGAAUAGCGUGUCCGAUCUAGGUGUUGAACAAACAUUUAAAUGAAUUAUCAUGUUUGCACACAUUUCUCUCACGUCGCAUCAAAUACAACAGUGAGUGAAUAAGAAAAAAAUGCCUUAUUUCUAAUUAAAUCCCACUUUCUUCAAGUUCUAAUCACACCCUCUCCGCCUUAGCUCCACUUCUUAAACCAGGCUUAAGUAAAAGGAAAAGAAAUGCACGCCAACUCAAUUUUUAUUUUUUAAGGUUUCCUGUACCCGAUAGUAACUCACUGGGCCUGGGAUGGUAACGGUUGGCUGUACAAAGGCGUAACAUACGACGAAGGAGCCAUCACUUACCAGGUAAGCCUUUCAUAGCACUUCAAUGAUCAGUUACAAAUUUCUCCCCGGCUUAUCAAUGCCUAAUAAAUCAGUUCAACAAUGAGCAUAUAAAGUCGAUGGUACCUAACGAAAUUCUCGCAUUCACAUAAAACGAAUUUGGAUUCUCCUAUCGAGGAAGAAGGCUGAUUCCUGGCCAAACGGAAACUAAUCGUGUGUACGGGUCUUCUUGUUGGGAAAAGCACGAAGAGAAAACGCUAUGGGAGCGAGAAAGAAAAUUUCGGAGGAGACAAGACUCGGGAAUGCUUUUCCUCUCCCCGUAAUCUUCCCCCUCACGCCCUGUUUUACCGAACUUUCAUGAUUCCUCCCCCACGCUAUCCUAUAUUUGACAGCUUAUUUUUCGGGAUAAUAUAUUGGAAUGCAGGUUAAGGGCAGCAAUCGAAAAUGUCGAAUGCGCACGUCCCAAGAUGUAUAAGCGGCGGAACUGACACUACGUACAUAAAACAUAGACUUUGCAAGACGUCAACAAUGAUGACAGAAAAAACUUCUACAAAACGCGGUUGUAGCCGUAGUGGCUUUAAGUGACCAAUUGAGGGGUUGAUCCAUCGGUCCUGAGAGUCUGUCCUGUGUACUUUGCCAGAUCCUGUAAAAGCUAAGCCGUCUUUAGGGCGACUUUACCUGGUGCCCCGUUGAUGAAAGACUUGUACAAGUGCUUUGGGUACUGCACCAACUUUAUCCCCUGUCACCUUGCAAGAUCCCCCCAUCCCGAUCAAAUACCUUGCUGUAAGAGCUUGGGACGACAUCUCCCAGGGGCCCAUCCGUGGUAGACUUGUUCUAGUGCUGUCGACACUGCGCCACCCUUACCCACUCUCUCUUUGCAAGAUCCCCUCCCCCCCCCCAAACUCCUCCCGAUCCGCUUCGUUUAUUGCAGUUGAGGACAUCUCUUUUGCGUCACUAUAGGACUUUGCUGGAAGUGGCGUUGUUCAUGCACUCGGUGGGACAGUUGCCUUAGUAGGUGCAGCUAUUGUUGGUCCAAGAAUUGGUCGAUUUGUUAACGGAGAACCUCAGCUGUUGUCUGGCCAUACCGUACCGGUAAGUCAAUACUAGUCCCAGUUCCUUUCCUCUUAAAAUCAGCGCCCGUCCAUUUUCUAACAGAAAAGCCGUGGGAACAAGGUUGUAUUUCAAGGAAACAGAUGACGUUUUGUCUGAAGAGCCACUCAGAGCGAAUGAUGACCUAUAAAACUUACGAAUGGAGUUCUCUAUGAAUAAGACUGUACAGCUGAAGUUUUAAAACUGGCAAUACUUUAGAUUCCAUCAAUAGGCUGAAACCUAAAAUCACUUCUAACACAGCACAGUGACAACAAAGAUAGGGAUUAAACUCUGCUUUUGCCUGAAUCAAAGAUCAAGAACAUGUACGCAUUUUAGUCGUUAAUUUUCUCGUUUUUUUUUUGCUCUAAUAGUUUUGAAAAUAAUAUUUAGCACAAUCACCCCUGACUUUUGGAAGAAAAUACUCAUAUCAAAAGUGGAGCAGAAUCCAUAACCCAAUGGGCUCCUGAGGUGGAUGAAUAAGUCAUUAUUGUUUUGUUUCCUUGGUUACAGCAAGCUGCCUUGGGUGGAUUCAUUUUGUUCUUUGGUUUCUUGGCAUUCAAUGGCGGUUCCCAAGCAGCCAUCGCUAGCGCAGGAGAUGCUGACACCGUCGCACUGGCCAUUGUUAAUACCAUUAUCGGAGGUUAGCUUUCAGUUCAAUAUUUUUGUUUGUGCGCAUGCUCAUUUAGGCCCACGCUUCUAUUGGCCAUCUUGAGGCCGCGCUUUAGUACUGGGUCGGUUUGUGCUGAAUUGCACUGUGGGACUGUUUUGGGGGAUGAAUUUUGACCCAGGUUUCCGCGCAACCUUGUAAUAGCCAAUAAGAGAAGUGAUAGCCUCCCCAAAACAGUCCCAUCCCAGUCGUACACGUAACCUCAAAAUUGGUGGUAAGCGCCCUUCCCUCUCCACUCUAACGUACAGAAAAAGUUUACAAGACACCUCAAUUUGCAGUCUCCUCUACUCUAAGGCCCCUGCUUACUUUAGAAAUUAAAUAAAAUACAAGUGAGAAACCGCUUUCAAUUUGUUAAACUAAGUGGCACCAGGAGCCCAUAACCCGGAGCGAGCGACUUCCAUGAGCUCGUGUCACGGCGUUUUCACGGACCAGUUUAUUUUUAGAACGGUUUUGGUGCGAAUUUUGAAUAUCUUUUAAAUUCCACAAACCAGUCAGCCAAACCUACAGACUUAAAAAUGAUAUUUUGCCUUUUAAUAAAGUUUAGUUUUCCUUUUUGAUAUCUUAUACUUCGAAUGCGCUCAUAGACAUGGUGAUUGUAUUUUCGCGGGAAAAAGUGCCCUAAAAUGUGUCUAAAAAUAAACUGGUCCGUAAAAACGCCGUGACAUAGGCCUAGUAUAGGAGUUGCUCGCUCCGUGUUAUGGGAUCCUGGUGGCACCCCACAUCCUCCAACUUAGUUUCUCUUAAAAUUGCGGAAAUCUCGAGUCGUGAGCGUUGUAUGUCUGUAAUGGCAGCCACUCUCUUUGUUUCACAGUACUAUACUUAUAGUAAACAGCCUUCAUUUAAGCUAAGCCUGAAUAAGCAUCCUUGACAAUCAAUAAUGACGAACUCGGGGAAAAGACCAUAACUAUGUUACAGUUUUCGCCAAAAUGUGUUAUCGACAUCCCCUUCUCAUUGCUCUUAAGCAUGGUAUUCUCUUAAAGUUGCAAUAACGAUUGAUCGCCGCGGAAGCUAGCGCUUUGCGUCCUUAUCCUCAGAAAACCCUUCUAGACACUAUGCGUCCAGUUUUUUUCCCAGCGCAGGUGAUAACCGGUCAAUUAUGAAACAGAUGUCGGCCUUUAAUGGUCAGAUCGGAUCCUGAUCGAACGCGUGUCGAAUGCGUCCCACGAGUUAAACGGCUUUAACGCGUUACUCCUCAUCUUCCUUCCGAACCUAGUGCAAAGCCAUGGCAAUGUUAGCGAACAGGAUGCCCAUAUAUAAACAUCACAGUUUUUGACUAAUCCUAGGCUUUAGUUCGUCUUUUUUAUCCCAUGUAAGGGAAUCCAAGACAGACUUGGAUUCUGGAUUACACAUUGUGGAUUCCGGAGUCCAGGUACUGAAUUCUGAUUCUUUGUCAGUGGUACUUGGAUUCCGAAUUCCACAGCCCAUAAUUCCGGAUUCCCCAAGUAGGAUUCAGGAUUCUCUUACAUGGGGUGAUCUUUCGUUCAUUGUGGAAAUCGCUACGUUCUGUACAACAAUCCUCUUAACUCCAGCUGCAAUUACUGUCUACAUUUAUUCUGUUCUCCAUUUUCCUCGGUUGUGAUUGUUACCCUCGUUAAACAGGGCGGUUUUUUCCAUUGCGUAAAUAAAUCACCUUUGUUUAGCAAGUGUUUCACUUACUAAUCCUUAAUAAGCGCAUUAACAAUCUCUUCAUGCGGGAAGCCAAUGACUUAAUCAACUCAGAAAAACAAUCCAAAUUUUGUGUAUUUGGAUAAUUGAUGAGGUUGAAGAAUGAUUUCUUUUUAUUGCAUUUUAGGAGCCGCUGGUGCCAUCACUGCCAUGAUUAUCAAGCGUUUGGGAUAUGCAGACAAGUACUGGAGUUUGUUGUUUACAAUCAAUGGAGGACUGACUGGAAUGGUGAGAAAGACAAUCAGAAUCAGAUUUAUUUGCAGAUUUCAGUUUGGAUUGCUGUUUUUUUUAAUUGGUUGACAUAUUUCACGCGAUGGAGUAAGAUCACCGCGGCAAAACUAGUCGUAACUUCAGUGCGCGCGUUGUGCGAACGUACGUUUUCCUUUGCUGCGUUCGGGUCGUCCUAACGCAUUUAUUUCGAGUUGGUAUUGCAUUAUAGCCGUAGAAUGAGCUUAUUAUCUUUUUGUUUGUAGCUGUUUGUAUAGUGAACAGAGCCGAAUUACCUCUCUAAAAAACCUUUCAAUGAAACUGCUAUGCUUGGCCGCAUACUUUGUUAGCUUCACUUCAGUACUGUCUCCACUCAGCUUUCGCCAUGCAAAUGCUUAGGUAGCUAGCACAAAAACAACGAUAAAAACACGUUAGAGUAAGGUCUUGCUUUUGCCCAGCCUAGUCCCUAGGCGUUCUUGGCUUGGUCAAUCCUGGACUCUACCGUGAGCUGUGACGUCACCGAGAGAUACACGCGGACAACGGGGCAAGAGAGAACGCCUAGGGACUAGGCUGGCUUUUGCCUUGAUUGGUGGGGACUGAGGUGGCUCGAAGGUUUUAAGCUAAUUAUGGUGGCAAAGCUCACUGCAAAAAAAAAAACAAACAAACAAUCACGACACCUUCUAAUGAAGCAACUCUCGAUUCGAUCGUUAUUUUGUAGGUUGCUUUGUGCGCUGGUUGCAACGUUGUUCAUCCCUACGCUGCUUUUGUAAUUGGUAUUAUCGCCGGAAUAGCCUAUGUUGCAUGGAGUACACUUGUCGUCAAGCUAAAGAUCGAUGAUCCUCUAGACGCUGUAGCAGGUAAGAAGAACAGCAAAGAUAAUGAGUAGGUAUUGGAUUCGGUUUUGGUAUGAUAUGAAGAAUUAACCAGAUCCCCAUGGAUGUUAUACGCCUCGGUCGAUCUGCAUAAUGCAUCAAUCAGCUGAAACUCCGCCCCCCAGACCCCCGCGACUUGGUGGGGAAUUUAACAUUGGCCGCGUGUUAAAACACCGCUAAUCCCCGGCUCCCCGGGGCCAAACAGUUUGUUAAAAGCUCCGUAUAGCGGGACAUUAGUAGGUCAUCAAAAAUAAACACGAUUCAGUAUUUGCUGGUCUCAACUGUACUUGUUCCUAAAUUCAACCGUAUUUUUAGCUAUACUCACCAACUUCAGUGAAAUUGAUAUGACCUACAUUCAAAUCCGAUCAUGGUGUGCGCACAUCGGGCCGAGGAACACUAGGGAGGGAAAGACCUGGGUCAGAAAAUCUACCCUUAAGACCUGAAACAGUGUCAUGGAACUAAUUCUGAUUAUUUUGAAAAUGGCUUCUGGAAAUCCCUGGCCACUUUCCUUUCCGAGAGGUGCACAGCAAAUCGGAAAUCUCAUCAAGCUGAAUCAGUGAAAGAGAUAUUUAUGAUAAAAUGUUUCGUAAUCGCCUUCUCUUUCUUUCGUAUUUGCACAGUUCAUCUCGGUGGUGGAAUCUGGGGAGUUUUGUCUGCGCCCAUCUUCAACAAGGAUUCCGGAAUCCUGUACGAUGGUGGCUUGCUGUCAUUCCGUGGAUUUGGCUGGAACCUCUUGGGUGUGAUUGUCAUCAUGAUCUGGUCAGGUUCUUUGGCUUUUAUCCUGUUUCUCGCAAUGAAUCUUAUUGGGGUACUCCGUGUUGACAAAGACAUUGAACUGAGAGGUAAGUAAUAAUCCUAGUUAAAGAAAUUUUACAUGAAAAUGAAGAGAAGAGGCAAGAGAGAAUGAUCAAUUCUCUCUUGGAGGAGGCUAUUAGUAUAAGUAGUCAUGCGACUUCGAGUUCAAUUUGGCAUCUAUUUGCAAGAAAGUGUGUUAGGAAGAUUUCAGUCGCUGGAAGAUAGAGGCUCUCAAAAAGUAUCAAAAUUUGAGCUUUUUGAAAAACACAUGAGGGGAAAUAAAUUCCCAAAUUUAAUGAGAAAAAUAGUAUUUUACUCUUUAGUGAUAAACGUGAAAGAAUUUACUGGAUCACAAAUUCGUUCCCUAAACAAUCCUACAGUAAAAUUCGAUCAAAACAACACGGAUUAGUAUCUCUCGCAACCUAGCUCAAACGGGCAAAAAAAGAUUGGGCACGAGAUUGGAUCUUAUGCAUUUCUUUUGUUUGUCAACCCCUCACAGUGCUCCAUCCUCUGAGAUAUUUGUUUUAUUUUCUUGUUUUUGCACUGUCUACUAAAACCCGCGUUGCUAAAUCACAGUACUUGAAACUAAAAUGAUGCAAUGAUUGCCUCAGGUCUCGAUAUUCCCAAGCACGGUGAGCCCGCGUACCCAUUGGACAGUUAUGGAGAUGGAUGGAGCGAGCAGCCUGACCCAGUAAAGACAAUUCCGUUCGUACACAAGUCCACUUCUCAGCUUAAUUUGGCUCACCUUCAGAAUGGCUCUUCAAACCCUAAAGAAAAAGGAAUAGACAAUCCCUCUGUGAUCGUGCCCGUGGAAUCUCCCAACACAAACUCAGAUACGGCAUUUUAG